AUGGGACCACCUGAAAGGCCACCUACUGGCUGGGUGCACAAGGAAACAGAGAUGAAAAGUGGUCCCCAGCUGGAUGAGAAGAGCAGGGGGUGGAGGCCAGGAGAUGGGGGCACUGCCCCUUCACCCCUCACCCCAGCCCUUUCCUUCUUCUUCCUCCUGCCAUUGGCCAGCGCCCUACAGCCCACUCCACUGCCCUUUCCAGAGCUGAGGCUGGUGGGGGGCCCAAGCCGCUGUCGGGGGCGCCUGGAGGUCCUGCACAGUGGCUCCUGGGGCAGCGUCUGCGAUGAUGACUGGGACGUGGUGGACGCCAAUGUGGUGUGUCGCCAGCUAGGCUGUGGCCUGGCACUGCCCGUGCCCCGGCCCCUAGCCUUUGGCCAGGGCCGGGGCCCCAUCCUGCUGGACAACGUGGAGUGCCGUGGGCAGGAGGCUGCGCUGAGCGAGUGCGGCAGCCGGGGCUGGGGCGUUCACAACUGCUUCCACUAUGAGGAUGUGGCUGUCCUGUGCGAUGAGUUCUUGCCCACCCAGCCCCCAAGGAAGAUGUUAACCAGCAGGGCUCUCCCCACAACCUCCCAGAACGGGAAUGGUGAGGGCAGCGUACGCCUGGUCGGGGGCACAGGCCCUUGCCAGGGCCGAGUGGAGAUCCUGCAUGGCGGCCUAUGGGGCACCGUGUGCGACGAUGACUGGGGGCUGCCAGACGCCGCGGUGGUCUGCCGCCAGCUGGGCUGCGGGACGGCCCUGGCAGCCACCACCAACGCCUUCUUUGGCUACGGCACUGGGCACAUCAUGCUGGACAACGUUCACUGCGAAGGAAGCGAGCCACGCCUAGCAGCCUGCCUGAGCCUGGGCUGGGGCGUGCACAACUGUGGCCACCACGAGGACGCUGGCGCGCGCUGCGCAGUGCUGGGUACCUCCACUCUCACAGCACUGCCGCCCUCGGCCACAGGAGAGGACUGGGCUUGGCACACAGAGCCAUUGGCUACCGGAGCUGGUGCCCAGCCUUCCAGGGAGACUGCACUGCUCACCACAAGCGUCGGGGCUGCGGGGAAGAAAAGCGGGCGGCUGCGGCUGGUGGGCGGCCCGGGCCCGUGCCGCGGCCGCGUGGAAGUCUUGCACGCCGGGGGCUGGGGCACCGUAUGCGACGAUGAUUGGGACUUUGCGGAUGCGCGUGUGGCCUGCCGCGAGGCGGGGUGCGGGCCCGCGCUGGGCGCCACGGGCCUCGGCCACUUCGGCUAUGGUCGCGGCCCCGUGCUGCUGGACAACGUGGGCUGCGCCGGCACCGAGGCCCGCCUGAGCGACUGCUUCCACCUGGGCUGGGGCCAGCACAACUGCGGCCACCACGAGGACGCGGGCGCGCUUUGCGCAGGCCCAGAGGAGCUGGGGCUGCAAGUCCAGCAGGAUGGUUUUGAAACCACCCAGGUGCCUACUCCUCGGCCCAGGGACGGGCAUCUGCGUCUGGCCAGCGGAGCCCACAGAUGUGAGGGGCGUGUAGAGCUCUUCUUAGGGCAGCGGUGGGGCACGGUCUGUGAUGAUGCCUGGGACCUUCGGGCAGCGGGUGUCUUAUGCCGCCAGCUGGGCUGUGGCCAGGCCCUGGCGGCCCCUGGUGAGGCUCACUUUGGCCCAGGCCGAGGCCCUAUCCUCCUGGACAAUGUCAAGUGUCACGGGGACGAGAGCGCCCUGCUGCUCUGCUCCCACAUCCGCUGGGAUGCCCACAACUGCGACCACAGUGAGGAUGCCAGUGUCCUGUGCCAGCUGUCGUGA